GAACCCCUUCCCAGGAUGAAUCACAGCAAAGCACACCCCCACCCGCCCGCAGGAACCCCCGUCAGAGCAUGGUCCACUACUCGGCCUCCGUGCGCGCGCUUUCCUCUGAGGAGAGCCUGAAGCAGUCGGACAGGCCCCGCCGGCCGACCCUCGUCCACCCGGCCGGCAGCCACAAGAGGCAGUCCCUGAAAGACGCCGACAAGCGCCCGCUCCCCCAGGACUCUGCCGCGGAGCAGUGGCACCCAGAGAAGACCCGGAGAACCUACGGCAGCAUAGAUGUCCCCUACAGCUUCAAGCGCAGGGCCAGGCAGACCCUCGACAGUGUCCCUUCUCAAGUCAUGAUGCAGCCUUUCCUGGGGAAGCAGCAGAAAUCGGCCCACACCCUCUCACACUCCUCCGGCAGCCUCGGCAAAGCGCAUCCCGGCUCCUCAGAGAGCAGCUCCGACGAGAGCAAGAAACAGCCGGCCGCCAAGCUCCGCGUUCCCCAUGCUCCCCGGCCUCGCCCGAGGGGGAGGGCUCUGCAGCUGUGCAGUUGGCUGUGCGAAGAACUGAGCAAACUCUACCAGGGCUUCCAGAACAUAAUCGGGAAACUGACAAGCUCCAAAGCCUUCGAAGCCUUCAUUGCUUUCAUCAUCUACAUCAACAUCAUUGUGCUCGUGGUCCAAACCUUCGCUAUAGUCGAGGUCCGGGGCGAAUGGUACUUCAUCGCUUUGGACACAGUUUUCCUUUGCAUCUACGUGAUCGAAGCUGCACUCAAAAUCAUCGCUCUGGGCUACAGCUAUUUUUUGGACAACUGGAACAAACUGGAUUUCUUCAUCAUGUCUCUGGCCUUGCUGGACUUCAUGCUGGUACAGCAUAACUACUUCUCAGUCUCUCGCCAGAUCUACAGCCAGAACUUCUUCCGCAUCUUCAAGGUGUUAAAGAGCCUGCGGGCGCUGAGGGCCAUGCGGGUCAUGUGGAAGCUCAGCUUCCUGAGAACCCUCCAGAAGGUGACCGGGACCUUGGAACGGUCCUUACCCUCCAUCACGGCCAUCCUCAUCCUUAUGUUUACCUGCCUCUUCCUCUUCUCGGCGAUGCUACGGGCACUGUUCCGCUACUCGGACCCCAAGCACUUCCAGAGCCUCUUCAGCACAGUCUUCACCCUCUUCACUCUGCUCACCCUGGACGACUGGUCCCUCAUCUACCUGCACAACUUGGAAAAUGGAGCCUGGUACAUCAUCCCCUUCCUCAUGAUCUACAUCAUCAUCCAGUACUUCAUCUUCCUCAACCUGGUGAUUGCUGUGUUAGUGGAUAAUUUCCAGAUGGCGCUGCUCAAGGGUCAGGAGCAAGAGGAGGAAGAGGCUGUGCUGCUGCUGGAGGACUCGGUGGCGGAGCUGGCCAAAGAAGAGUCCAGCGAGACGAAGGACUUCGACCAAAGGCAGCAGAUGGAGAAAAAGUUCGGGGGCAUGACGGAGAAGCAGAAGGAGCUCAUGCUGCGCUUCCUGCAGCUGACGGCGGCCGUGGAGCAGCGCCAGCAGAAGUUCCGCUCGCAGGGCGCCGUCAUCGACGAGAUUGUGGACACGGCCUUCGAGGCCGGAGAGGAGGACUUCAAGUAGCGCCCCUCGGACAGCCCCCGGCCUCCUGCACGCGGCCCACCCUGAGUCAGGACCCGUCCCCAAAUCUGCGGCAUGGACCGGCUUGCGGGCGGGACCCCAACAGGGC